AUGAAGGACAGCCAUGCGAGCAAACAGGGUUUCGAAAAGGAUUCAGCACGAUUGACCUACUGUACAUAUUCACACUGUUUCGAAACUCAUCGAGGUAUCACGAGAGUACAAGAUGCCGCUCUGUCUCACCUUCAUCGACUUAAGAAGGCCUUCGACUCGAUUGAGACGGAAGCGGUCGUGGAAGCCUUGGACAACCAAGGCGUCCCUACUCAGUAUAUAAAGGUACUUCGGGAGUUGUACAGUAACUUCACGACCGGAAUUUCGCCAUUCUACAAGAACAUCAUCAUUGACGUGAAGAGGGGGGUCCGGCAGGGUGACACAAUUUCACCCAAAAUAUUCACAGCCACCCUCGAGAACGCAAUGCGAAAGUUGGAAUGGGACGACAUGGGAGUGAAGGUUGAUGGUCGGCAGCUACACCAUUUGCGCUUUGCUGAUGACAUCGUACUAGUAACACCUAGCAUCAGCCAAGCGGAACGAAUGCUGACCGAAUUCGACGAAACAUGUGGAUGCAUCGGUCUUCAGCUGAAUCUACAAAAGACGAUGUUCAUGCGGAGCGGAUGGGUCUCGGAUGCCCCAUUCACGCUCAACGGAACGAACAUAUCCGAAUGCACCAGCUACGUUUAUCUGGAUCGGGAACUGAACAUGAUGAACGACCUGACCCCCGAGCUGGGCAGGAGGAGAAGCGUACAAGAGCAUCGAAGAUGUAGUGAAGAAGACCAGGAACACCCGACUCGGUGCUCACCUCUUCAACACCACCGUACUUCCUGCUUUGACCUAUGCUUCGGAAAGCUGGGCAUUUCGCAAGCAGGAAGAAAACGCGGUGAGCGUCAUUGA